AUGAGUCUUGUUGCUAAGCUGGCGGACAAGUCAGCCACAGAGCUGUUCGAGGAGUACUCGAUCCAGCAGCUCCAACAGCUCAAGGUCCAACUGGCCGCCGAUGUCCAUAAUAAGAAGCUGGAACUUCGAGCUUUGGUGGGGAACAAUUAUCGAGACCUCCUAAAAGUGGCAGACGACAUCAUUCAAAUGAACGAUCUUGCCGACCAGCAAACAUCGCGUCUCUCUGAUCUGACAUACAGAAAGGCGAAAUAUGACGACAAGAGUUUGCGAAACUUCAACAAGUUCUUCUCUGCGGUCCGAGCCAAUGAUCUGGAAAACACCAAGUUCCGUAAUCGACAAAUGCUGCUGCGAAAUAUCGUCGAUCACUUGGAUUUUGGGCUCCAAGUUCUACGGGACGAGGUUGAGGAGAUGCAAGCAGAAACGGGCGUCUACGAGAACGAGGAUGGAGAAAACUCGCACGAUUCUGUUUCGCUACAGUUCGUUCAGCUAGCAAAAAUGUUCUAUCUGACUGAGAGCUUCUUUGGGGACGAACUGAAAGAGACGUCGUUUGUGGUGGAGAAAUUUGGCAAAAUGAAGCAGGAGUUUUUGCAGGAACUGCAAACAGAGAUGGCCAACUGUACUGGUGACGGUGACUACGAGUUUGCUCUGCAUUUGCUGGUGUCGUAUAUUUUUGUUGCCCAAAGCCAAAUCCUCGAAGCUCUUGAAUGGUAUCUCAGUGUGCGUUAUGGCAAAGUGCGCGAUUUUGGACUAAUGCACGAUCUAUACAUUUGUCUGAACUAUAUUUACAAUACGCUCAGCUACCUCACGGUGUUUUGUUCGAAGCUUCCUUCAACCCUGAUGCGCCAAGUGCACAGCUCAGCAAACUCAAAUUGGGUCGCCAACACAGGAUUCAGAAAGUAUUCGCGCUGGCUCGAUAUACCCGCGAGUUACAAGGUGGACUUCCCUCUUCCGUUGAACGAGCUUAAAAGUAUACCAGAAAAAGAAGUGGACAAGAUCACCGAAAAAUGGAAAAUUGACGUGGGUGCUUAUCUCAACGAACAAAUUGGCACCGACUUUGCCCAGUCGAAGAAUCUGGAGGUGCUUUCUUCAUCGCUCAGCAAAGUGCUUCAAUCGUUCAAAAAAUUCACCUCUUUGGUGGCCAUCAGAUAUGAAGAUUCGAGACUCGUGGAUAAUCUGCUGUCUGUGUGGAAGUCGAUCUUCUUUAAUUUAUUGGAGAGCAAUGUCGGGAAUUUCCAGAACAUUUCAAAUCUGAUCUUGGAUACUUAUGGCAGCUCAGAGAUUUUGCAAUCGACUCACACUACUUCUGGACUGAACCUGUUCCAGUACACCGACCUCACCGAUAUUGACCUCUAUCUCUCGCAAAUCUCAAGUCCGUCUUUGUACGCGGUUGACACCAUUGUGUCGCAGCUUGGUCAGUUCAAGCUGACCCUUGUUAUGGUGCUGGACUCGCUUCAAGGCUUGUCCAAAUUGUCGUCCUCCUUGACGAAACAAGUUUUGUCCAUUGACGAUUAUGAAGAUGACGAGUAUUGGGAAAAAACGGCAGUCUGCCUCAACGAUUUGGUGGAUGAGGGUAUCUGUUUUGUGAUAGAGCAGCUCAACAAGCUGAUUACCGACUUCCUGAAAGAAAUCGGAAAGUUGGUUGAUUCAGGAGAAUCUUCGCCAAUCAAGCAUUUCUAUAUCAUUCGAGUUUUGUACCAACUGAGGCAAAACAUCAACAUCAACACGAUUUACGACCAAUUCAAGCGCAUUUCUGUUUCUGCGCAAAAAUUCCAAACGUUGGACUUGUCGAGCAUGGUUGAUGAGCUGCUACGAAAAAUAUUCAAGCCUUUGGUGGUGAGUAUUUCCUUGCCGUUCAGAGAAGAGAUGAAACAGAUGAUAAAGAAAAGGCCUACUGGGAAAUACGCCGAGGUUGCUCUGUGGACAUCCAACGAGUCCGGCCUUCCAGUCCCGAACGCGCCUUCCUUUGAACUGGAAAAUCUCCUUUACAGAUUAAGCUGCGGUCUCACUAAUGUUGCCGAAAAUCCAAACGAGGACUACAGCGAUGUCUAUUUCAGUGACACUUUUGCAGAAGCCAAGCUGGGGCUCGUGGAUGACCUCAUUGGCUGCCUUGAAAUUGAAGAACAAAAAUCGGACAACAUAGACGAGGAAAAGCACGUUGUCCGUGAAGAAGACGACAUCGAGUCGGCUACGGAAAGGUCUGUGGAUCUGGCUGCUCAGCAAAAGCAUUCUAUCGACUCUAAAACUAUAGCGUUGCUGACAUUCGCAGACCUUGUGUUUCUAAAUUGUUUCAAAACGGAUCCACUCUCGGAGACUGCCCUGUUAGAUCAAAUGCAGAAAGGUGUAUCCAGAAAACGAGUUGAAACCCUAACAGAGAUCAAUCCCGAUCUUGCUGACCGUGCAUACACCCAGGGCAUCUGCAAGGGAAUACUGGAUCAUUUCAAAGGAUGCAUGUUGAUGUUUGGUCCGCUGUGCUGA